AUGGGAAGAGUUGCUAUUAUCACUGUAAAAAUCAUCACAAUCGUUCUUGCACUUGUUACAUUUGGUUUAUCUUGUUGGGAAAGUGGGGAUGAGUUAAAAAAUUUUACAUGGACAGAAGGAUCUUGUAGUAAUUUGGGUGGACCCAUGAGAGCCACAAUAAAAGGUGGUUCAUUGGUACAGUGUGGUUGGAGUACAACUAGAACUGCAGUACGUCUUUUAUAUUUAUUAAUUUUCUUUAUUAUGAGUGCUCUUUAUUUUAUUGCAGUUUUUAAGAGAUCUACAAAAUUAUAUAUAGUUUCAAUUAUUAUAAUACUUGGUGUUGGUGUAAUGGGUUUUUAUUCAUUUAUUGCCGAUGGAAGAGCAGCAUCUAAUGGAAAUGAUUUUUGUAAAAAUAGUUUUAAACCUACCAUAGUAGGUAUAAAGGUUGAUUAUGAAUGUGAACCAGGAAGAUUCUAUGGUGUAACUGCCAUCAGUGUUUUAACAGUAGUCUUAAUGUUUGCCAUGGCUAUUGUAUCUUUCUUUAAACGUAAUACAGUAUUUGGAGCCGAAGGUUAUAAAACUGAAAUAUAA